AUGGAGGUGUACGUUGACGACAUGUUGGUCAAAUCCAAGAAAGCCGACGACCAUGUGUCUCACUUGUCAGAUAUGUUCGAGAUCCUAACGAGAUAUAGGAUGAAGCUCAACCCCCAAAAGUGUGUUUUCGGAGUGGAAUCAGGAAAAUUCCUCGGCUUCACGGUCAACCACAGAGGUAUCGAGGCUAACCCCGUGAAGAUCAAAGCCUUGUUAGAUAUGAAGUCCCCGACCAACGUCAAGCAAGUACAAAGCUUGACAGGAAGAAUAGCCGCUCUGAACAGGUUUGUGUCAAAGUCCUCAGAAAAAUGCAAAGAGUUCUUCAAAGCCAUUAAGGGCGCAUCCAAGGACUUUGAAUGGACGGUAGAAUGUGAAGACGCUUUCGUGAAAAUCAAGAAACAUUUGGGCGAGCCACCUCUCUUAGCCAAACCCCAUGAAGGUGAGACACUCGUACUCUACCUAGCCGUCUCAGACUAUUCCAUUAGCGUCGUGUUAGUAAAGGAAGAUGCGGAAGGUCAAUCCCCGGUCUACUAUGUAAGCAAAAGAUUGUUAGACGCAGAGACUCGCUACACGAGUAUGGAGAAGUUGGUGUACGCCUUGGUACAUGCAUCCCGAAAGCUGCGACCUUACUUUCAAGCACACAAGGUAGAGGUCAGGACUGCAUACCCCCUUCGGCAAAUCAUGCAUAAACCGAAGGUCACGGGUAGGAUGAUGAAAUGGGCAAUCGAGUUAGGACGAUUCGACAUUGACUACAGGCCAAGAACCGCCAUCAAAGGACAGGCAUUAGCAGAUUUCAUUUUGGAAUUUCCGGAAGACGGAGAAAACUUCGACCUGUUAAUCAAGUAUGAUCCCGACCUACCACCACAACCGGACGCCCCGAAAGAGGAUAUCCCCGAGCUAUGGUGGAUAGUGCACACCGACGGAGCAGUAAACAAUGACGGGGCAGGUGCAGGUAUAGUGUUGGUAAGCCCCGAGGGACACAGGCUCUUGAAUGCAAUUCACUUCACCUUCCAACUAUCUAAUAACGACGCGGAAUAUGAGGCAUUAGUGGGAGGCUUAAAGCUGGCUCUCGAGAUGAAGGUCAGACGACUCGUGGUGAAGCUCGACUCAAUGUUGGUGGUGGAGCACAUAAAAGGGGGGUACCAAGCCAAGGGACCUAAGACAGCUAUGUAUCUUAAAUGCGUCCAAAGGUUGCUAGACCAGUUCGAGGAGGUACAAGUGAAUAAGGUACCAAGGGAGUUCAACGGAGACGCCGACGCCUUAGCAAAAUUAGGAUCGCAGAAAGACGCCGCCCUAUUAGGUGUGAUUCGACUAGAAGUUCAGGAGGUGCCUAGCAUCCCGGAGCUAGACGUCAUGGAGGCAGAAGACGGCGUCGAGCGUCAAACAUGGAUGACACCGAUAUGGGAUUUCAUUAAAGAAGGAAUAUUACCCGAAGAUAAGGCUGAAGCUCGGAGGUUAAGAUACAAAGCAACAAGGUAUGUGGAGUAUGAUGGCAAACUAUAUAAGAGGGGUUUCAACCAACCAUUACUGAAGUGUAUAGAUGGUGACGAAUGCACCUAUGUGUUGAGGGAGGUCCAUGAAGGCAUAUGUGGGAAUCACUCGGGAGGCAACUCGUUAGCUAUGAAGAUUCUGAGGCAAGGGUACUACUGGCCUACCUUAAGGAGUGACGCCUUCGACUUUGCCAGAGCAUGUGAUAAGUGCCAACGGUUCGCCAACUUUACCCAUAACAUAGCAACAUCCUUGACCAGCAUGACCAGUCCUUGGCCUUUUGCCAUGUGGGGGAUAGACUUGAUUGGGGAGCUCCCUAAAGCCAAGGGAGGUGUGAAGUAUGCAGUGGUAGCCGUGGAUUACUUUACCAAGUGGGCGGAGGCCGCGUCCUUAGCCACCAUCACAGCCAAAAAGAUUAAAGAUUUUGUUUUUAACUCUAUUGUGUGUAGGUUCGGAAUUCCUUACAAGCUGGUCUCGGACAACGAAAAGCAAUUCGACAGCAAGGAGCUGAGAGGCCUUUGCGAUGACCUUGGAAUUAAGAAGGACUUCGCAGCGGUGUACCAUCCUCAGAGCAACAGGCAGACAGAGGCGGUGAACAAAAUCAUCAAACACACCUUCAAGACAAAGUUAGAGGAUAGCAAGGGGAAUUGGCCAGAGGAACUCCCAAUGGUGCUAUGGUCUUACAACACAACUCCUAGAACUACGACUGGGGAGUCACCAUUCGUGUUAGCAUAUGGAUGUGAAGCCAUGGUUCCCAUAGAAGUCGGAGCUGGAUCGUUCAGAAGAGACUACUUUGAAAAAGUAGACAACGACGCCAACCAGAGACUAUACUUGGACAUGAUCGAGGAAAUCAGAGCUACGUCACAGAUUCGGCUAGCCGCUUAUCAGCAAAGGACGGCAAAGUACUACAAUAAUAAAGUGAAGGCCCAUCCGUUCCAGGUUGGAGAUCUCGUUCUCAGGAAGGUUGUACUCAACAACAGAAACCCUCAACAUGGAGUCUUCGGUGCCAACUGGGAAGGCCCUUACAGGGUAAAGGUCAUACUAUGGAAGGGAACAUACAGGUUGGAAGAUCUAGAGGGAAAGCCUGUUCCCCGCGACCUUGGAACGCGGAACAUCUGA